CCAGGGUAUAGUUGAAGACGAAAAUAAUAUCGAUACUGUACUGUCUAGCAGCAGUAGGAUAAGGUGGAGGCUAAGGGCGGUUCUUCCUAUCGUUGCUCCUUCGGUCCUUCCCACCGCACCCCUCCCUCCCUCUCUUCCGUUGAACAUUAUGGGUUCUCAACCAGGUGUUCGUGAGUGGUCUGGAAUCAAUACAUUUGCUCCUGCUACACAGACCAAAUUGCUUGAACUUUUGGGAAAACUUAAACAAGAGGAUGUGAACUCCUUAACCAUACUUGUGAUGGGCAAAGGUGGUGUUGGAAAGUCUUCAACUGUGAACUCUAUCUUUGGGGAUAGAGUUGUUUCAAUUAGUCCCUUUCAGUCGGAAGGGGCAAGGCCAGUUAUGGUGUCGCGAUCAAGGGCAGGUUUUACAUUGAACAUUAUCGAUACUCCUGGUCUUAUUGAAGGGGGAUACAUCAAUGAUAUGGCGCUUGAUAUAAUAAAACGUUUCCUUCUAGACAAGACCAUAGAUGUUUUGCUUUACGUGGACCGCUUAGAUGCGUAUCGAGUAGACAACUUGGACAAGUUGGUUGCCAAAGCUAUAACUGACAGUUUUGGCAAAGGAAUAUGGAGCAAGGCUAUAGUAGCACUCACACAUGCCCAAUUCUCUCCACCAGAUGGAUUGCCUUAUGAUGAAUUCUUCUCAAAAAGAUCUGAAGCUCUCUUGCAAGUUGUCAAAUCAGGUGCCUCCUUAAAGAAGGAUGCCUCUCAGGCUGCCAUUCCGGUUGUUUUGAUCGAGAACAGUGGCAGAUGCAACAAAAAUGAAAGCGAUGAGAAGGUUCUUCCAAAUGGGAUUGCUUGGAUUCCUCAUCUAGUCCAAACAAUCACAGAAGUCGCAUUGAACAAAAAUGAGUCUAUUUUGGUUGAUAAGAAGUUGAUUGAAGGACCGAAUCCAAAUCAGAGAGGGAAACUAUGGAUUCCUCUCAUAUUUGCAGCACAAUUCUUCUUCAUCAAGAAGAUAGAAUCCAUAAUCAAGAAUGACAUUGCUAAUGAAGAAAGGCCCUCAUGGGAGACACGUGAUGUAUAUGGUCGGAAAGAGAAGCGUAAUCUAGGUGGUCGUCGUCGGCGUUAAAAUCUGUGAACCUUUAGCUAUCAUUGCCGGCACAUCUGUCCUUUAUGUGGUUUGUUAUUGAAUUUAGUCUGUGUUUUCAAUUACUGCAAUUCCCAUUAGUCUGCGGCAUAGGAAUUUGUUUGUGAUCUAGAAGAUGGCUUGUUUUGUGAGAAGUUGUUUGGUUUUGCAAAAUUGAGUUUGAUAGGAUUUGAUGUAUUAAGGAUGCAGCCACUAUCAUUGUUGUUUAAUAUGCUUUAACAAUUGACACCAUCUCCAAGUUUGAUUCUUUAA